AUGCAUAACCGACUAAAAGUACGUACAACUGAAGCACAAAAAGCUGCUGCAGAUCGAGAAAAAGAAAAAAAACUUCAAUUAUAUCGAAAUACUAUCAAUGAUGUAUUUGAGCGCCGGUCUCGUAAUGAAUAUGAUGUUUUAGCAUUGAAAUCAUCUGAAGGACUAUUACGAUCCAAUCCUGAUAUUGUUACUAUAUGGAAUUAUAGAAAAGAAAUACUACUACAUCUGAAACCAUCUGAAGAAAUAAUUAACGAUGAACUUUAUUUAACUGAAAAAUGUUUACAAGUAAAUCCAAAAUCUUAUUCAGCAUGGUAUCACCGAAAUUGGCUUCUAGAUAAUGUAGAUCCUAGUCCAGAUUGGAAUAAAGAAUUGCAACUAUGUACAAAGUAUUUGAAAAUAGACGAAAGAAAUUUUCAUUGCUGGGAUUACCGACAAAUUGUUGCAUCUAAGUGUCAAGAACCAAAUGAAAAUGAAUUGAAAUUUACUAUGGAAAUGAUUGAGGCAAAUUUUUCAAAUUAUUCUGCAUGGCAUUAUCGAUCAAAACUUUUCAGUGCUGCAGGAAAAGAUGAAGAAUCUACCAAAAUUUCAGAAUUAUCAUUGGUGGAAAGCGCAGCAUUUACUGAUCCUUCAGAUCAAAGUGCUUGGAUAUAUCAGCGAUGGCUUAUAGGAAAACUAGAACCAUCCAAGUUUAUAUACAAAGUUUCUCAAAUAAAAAAUGAAAUUUAUCUCAUACUAAACAGAAAAUUACCAAAUAAUUAUAAAAUUAUUGGAUUAGGAGAAACAAAUUGGGAACAAUUCGAUUCAAAAAUUUGGUAUAAAACAGUAGACAAUGUCGGCAGUACCAAAAUACAGAUUAUUGAUGAAGUAAACCAAGUAAUAGAUAAUCUAUCAAUAGAUAAUGUUCAACAAAAUAUAUUUAAUCUUAAUAUUAGUGAACAGCUUCGACUUGUUUUAAAUGGACAACUGGACAGUUUACGUCAACUGUUAGAUAUGGAGCCAGAAAGCAAGUGGGCUUUACUAACUUAUGUGUUACUUCUUUACACAUUAAAACCGAAUAACUAUUUUAAAAAUUGUCUUGAAAACAUUAAAUUAUUAAAAGAACUAGAUACAAAAAGGAAAAAUUAUUAUCAUGACCUCGAAAGCCGGUACCAAAUUGAACAUUGGAUUGCUAACAAUAAUAACAAUAAUAUGGAUAGUGUUAAUUUGAAAGGAUAUGGAUUAACAGCGUUUUAUCAUAUGCACAUGUUUCUAUUUAACAAAAAUAUUGAUUUGAGUGAUAAUGAUUUAUCCCACAGCAAUUUAAAUCAUUUAAAAUAUUUAAUUAUGUGUGAACAAUUAUCACUGAAGAAUUGUAAACUAACGAACUUGGACAAUUUUCCUGCUCUGAAUAAUCUAGAAGUUUUAGAUCUGAGAGAAAAUAAAAUUCAAGAAAUCUCAUACAAAGAGCUAACAAAAUGUAAAUCACUUAAAAAAAUUAUCCUUGAUAAAAAACAAAUAGCUCUUGAUAAAAUAACACAAUGUAUCAAUCAGUCUACUAAUAUUGAAAUUAUGUGA